AUGUCGUCCUUCUCCGAUGAGGUCAUGCCUCUCGCCAUCGGCCACCGCACCAGCCGGGUUGUUUGGACUGCUGUGGUUGGUGCACUCGCGUCGUCUUCCCGCUCCCGGGGUCUCAAUCUACUCGGACAAUUGCAGACACUUGAUCAAGGAGACAUGUUCGCUGCUGACUACAUCGGCAAGGCUAGGGUUUUGGUGGAGGAGCUCGCUCUCGCCGGCCGACCUAUGACACUCGAAGAACAAAACUUUUACGUUCUUCGGGGGUUACGGCCAGAGUUCAGGGGUCUCAUAUUGUCUCUCAACGUACGCGGCCAGCCUAUUACUCUCCAAGAGCUUGCAGAUCUCUUGGGCACGGAGGAAUUUAUGACGCGCGGUGGUCCCGGAGGUGGCUCGCCGGCCGCUUUCACGGCGCAAAAGGGCAGCCAGAAGAGCCGCAGUUCUGGGCACGGUCAUACUGCUUCCACAUGCCAUUUUUGGUGUGCCAAGGAUCCUCAAGCAAAUGUCAUAUAUCAAGAAACUCCUUCGGAUCCUCAAGGGUCCCAGACCUGGCUUCCAGAUACAGGUGCCACUAAUCAUGCCACUCCGGGCAUCGCUGCUCUCUCUUUCUUGGAGGACUACAAUGGUAAUGACACAUUACGUGUCGGUGAUGAUAUGUGA